AUGCUGCAGCCGGUUGAGAACUCAAGUUGCGUCGUAAGGGGUCGGGGCCCCGCCCCAGCUCGCCUGACCUCCAAGGCUGGAUCGGGGGCAGAAACCCCACGCGCGUCGGCAUUCUCAGCCGCCCGGGGGAAUGCCCAGUACGUGCCCAGCAACUCGGACGCACCACGGACCCGCUUCAUAUUCCAGGGACCCGUUGGUCCCCGGGCCACUGGCCUGGGGACCGGAAAGGCGCCGGGCAUCUGGAAGCGCCUCAUCGGGCGCUCCGCCUUUAUUCGGGAUCUGGAGGAAGGAGGCUCCAGUGAGUCGGCCAAGGCUGCCCUCUGGAUCACCCAAGAAACUGUCAGGUUGAUGUUGAAUCUGCUAGAGGACCUUCUCCCACCUGUCUGGGGGAUCCCAGAAAACAAGAAACGGGACCUAAAUACGGAGGCUCGCAUCGGCCAGUCCCUGGCGAAACAGAACCGUGCUCUGAUGGAGGAGAACAGCAAGCUGGAAGCCAUGCUGGCCUCAGCCAGGGAGGAGAUUUUACAUCUCAGAUGCCAGCUGUGCUUGUGAGAUGACGUCCUCUAGCUCUACUCCGACUCUGAUGAGGAGGAAGAGGAGGAGGAGGAGGAAGAGGAGGAAGAGGCAGAGGCAGAGGAAGAAGAGGCAGAGCAGCAGCACCAUCAUCCCUAUGGAGCCCAUGGGCUGACUUCCGUGCGGGAGGUUGAGUCGCUAUGCUACUGCCCCCAGCUGGAAACCCUGCAGGAGCAUCUGAGGCAGCUGGAGGAGGAGAACCAGCCCCUGAGUGAGGAGACCUCUCAACUCGAUGCCUUUGAGGAGGAGGAGCAGGUGCUCAUCCUGGAUUGCGUGCAGCAGUUUUCUCAAGCCAGCGCGCGGAUGGCCGACCUGGCGGAGGUACUGGCGCUCAGGAUGGAGACCCAUGACCAGCGGCGGAGGGAGGUCACCCAGCUGCGAACCCAGGUCCUGAUGCCGCGGUGCUGCUGCCAGAUGUAUGGAUCCCAGAUGGAGAAGUUGCAGCGGCAGUUGGCCUUGGAGAAGGAAAUCCAGAUGAGGCUCCAGGAUGAGGGGGCCCUUCCUGGUUUCCAGGAGACCCUGGACAAGGAGCUCAGAAUAUCUAUAAGGAAGAUAAUCUCAGACUCUGUGUUUUUUAUGGAAAGGUGCUCUGCUGCCCCCCCUCCCCCGAGGCUUUCAGGGGCACGGAAAGAUGUUCCUGUCUCCCCGGCCAGGUUCAAGCUGUGCGGCAGUGAGGCGCGAGAGCAGGAACGGGGGUUUGAGCCUGAGAAGAGGUUAAUGACAGCUGAGGAUUCUGUGCCUUCAGAGGAGCUGGGGGCCACAGAAGAGGGGGUGCCUGCUGUGGACGGGUUGACAGAAGAGGCAGAGCUGGUGUUGGAGGAGGCUGAAGCCUGGGAGGAGGUGGAGCUGGAGCUGGAUGACAGCGUGGUGACCUUGACGUUGGAGGCCAGUGGCUUGGGCCCCUCUCACUUAAGCAUGAAGCAUGUCCUCCAGCAGGUGGCUGACUGGUGGGACUCGGGGUACAGGUGGCAACUGUGACGGAAGUUCCAGAAAGGCUUUGCUGUGUCCCAGCAGCCUGCAGAGGCUUCACAGACAGCCUGAGGCCCAACCUUCAGCUAGCUGGCCAAGUCCCACCUGCUUCAGAAACCUCCUUCCCACCCUCCCAAAUGGGUCCCUCCUGUGUCAGCGGCGCACCUUCUGUCCUGACUAACCUGGGCUGGGCCUUGAGGACCCAAGCCUGCAGGCUUUCUUGAGAUAAGGGGCCGGAGCCCUUGCUGUGCAGCUGGGCCUGG